AUGCAACAAACACCUACGCAUAAAUCAGCACGCCUCAGUGAAUGCAACCCUUGGUUUUGCACUCAGAGGAGAGCCCUCUUUUACGGCGAGAACUUGGCAUGGGGUAGGUGGGAUAUUGACUCUCUAAUAUUCCAUGGCCGCAAUGAUAUGCUGGUGAAACAAUGUUUGUUGAUUUGUUAUGAGAAACUUAUUUACGACUUAUUAGAUAUUCUUGAUUCUUUGUGCUCCUGGAUCCGCGUUUGGCACGUCAGUGAAUGCAACCUUGUGCACUCAGAGGGGCCUUACGGCGAGAACUUGGCAUGGGGUAGUGGAGACCUUUCAGGCGAAGAAGCUGUGAAAAUGUGGGUUGAUGAGAAAACUUAUUACGACUAUAAUUCUAAUUCUUGUGCUCCUGGCCGGGUUUGUGGCCAUUAUACUCAAGUGGUCUGGCGCGAAUCGGUUCGCCUAGGGUGUGCUAAGGUUACCUGCACUAAUGGAGGAACCUUUAUUGGAUGCAAUUAUGAUCCUCCUGGUAAUUAUAUUGGGAAACGACCUUAUUAAUCAUAAUGUCGUUUAGAUAUACCUAAGGAUAAAAUAUGUACUGGUUCAUAUCCAAGAUUAUAAGAAUAUGAUUUAUGUCUUCCGGUUUCAGCCUAGAUUAAGUUGACCAAGAAAAAAUGGAAUAAAAUAGAAUAUGAUAUAUGUCUUCCUGAUUUCCAGCAUGGAGAUUUGCUUUUGGUUAUUUGUAAAGGGGCAAGAUUUUUAAGCCAAAAAUAGAAUAAAAUAAAAUAUUAGGAGUUUGUCCUCA